AUGCCGAUGUUACAAAGCGAUGUACGAGAUUCCCUCUGUGAAAGAGGACCCAGCACAAUGAAUACCAGUGUUGAGAAAAAUAUGCUGGUACUUGAAUCUUUCAGAAAUUCCUCAUUUCAGGUCGUCCAGUGGACAGCUCUGUGGAAAACAUUCAAAGAUGAGUUUGAGAAUGAGAAGAACAUGCUUGGUAGCUCAUUGAGUGAAAAAGCAGCCGAAGAUCUUAGACUGAGAGUAACAGACCAUAACAUCAUUGUCAUCUCAAAAUACUACUCACGGAUAACCUUGAAGAGAAUGGCAGAUCUGCUGUGCCUUAGCAUCCAGUUAGUGUAUCUUUUGGACUUUGCUCGAGUACAUGGUGCUUGA